AUGGAAGCACAUGAUAUGGUUGUAGCAGGAGUCCGUAGAAGGAUUGGUAAUGGUGAAGCAACAUUGAUAUGGGGAUAUCCAUGGUUACCAGAUGAUCCUAGCCCCUUCAUACAAACAAACAUGCCUGAGCAACUGAGAGAAGCCCGCGUGGCAGGUUUGAUUAAUCCACAGACUGAUGCUUGUGAUCCUCAUAUUUUAACUGAUUUAUUUGAUGAGGAUGAUGUGACUUGUAUUAAUAGAAUUCAAAUUAGCCCCCGGUAUGAGGACUCAUGGUAUUGGCUGGGUGACCCCAGGGGAGUUUAUACGGUUAAGAAUGCCUAUAGGAAUAUUAUGCGGAAUUAUGUGCAUGCUGCCGGCGAUUUUGGUAAAUGGACUACUGUGUGGAAGAUGAGGGUUCCCCCAAAAUGGAGGACCUUCCUAUGGAGAGCAAUUUGUGAUAUUCUCCCUACAACUAAUAAUUUGAUUAUAAAGAGGAUGGAGGUAGAGCCAACAUGCCAAAUGUGUGGUUUGGCUAAUGAAGAUAUUAUGCAUGCUUUAGUUACCUGUGAAUAUUCUAGACUUAUUUGGAAUGUUUUAGGACUGCCUAUAACAAAUAUCAUUACCGGUUUAUUCCCAGCAUGGCUAACUGGUGCGCUUGCAAUGUUAACAGAAGAACAAAGUGCUCUUAUGGUGGCAAUCCUGUAUCAAUUGUGGCGAUGUCGCAAUUCCGCAGUCUGGGACGGCGCCCUCCCCCCACCCGUCGGCGCAUAG